CUUCCUUGAGGGAAGCAGAACCGCCUUGACCGACGUGACUACGGUACGGCCCCCAAACCCGGAACGGCAGCGAAACGACAGCCAUGCUUCUCCAGCCGAUCCCCACCGCCACCCUCGCCGCUCGACCGAGAUCAAGCGAAGCUUCCUUCCCCUUUCGUUGCCACCGCCGCCGCCGCGUGCUCCUCCCAGUCCGCGCCGACUUGACCCCGAUCUCCCUCUCGGCCUCCGCCCCCUCGCGGCCGGCCAAGCCGGCCGUUUGCACCGCCGACGAGCUCCACUACGCCUCCGUCGACGGUGCCGGGUGGCGACUCGCGCUCUGGCGGUACAGGCCACCGCGCAAUGCUCCCGUCAGGAAUCACCCGCUGAUGCUGCUGUCGGGAGUCGGGACGAACGCCGUCGGAUUCGACCUCUCACCCGGGGCUUCGUUUGCCCGUCACAUGUCUAGCCAAGGAUUUGAUACAUGGAUAGUUGAAGUAAGAGGUGCUGGUCUGAGCAUGCGUGAAUAUGAUGAUUCUACUCCAUCUGGCUCAGUCACUUUUGAGGAUGUCUCUAGUGGUAUUCAACCUCUUAAUAGUACAUUCGAGGCCACUUCCAUUCAGAGUUCUGGUGGCUAUGCUAGUGAUUGUGAUGACCUUGGAAUAGUUGCUUUGGAUGAACCACCUUUACUUGCUGAACUUUCUAAUUUUUUUGAUCGAAUCUCAAAACUCAUGGAAGAGGCUGUAGUUAAUGGAAAUUUUCAUGAGAUCACAGAAAAAGUUUCUGUUCUCUCAGAAAUGGUAGAGAGCUCUACCAUUAUUGGUCCAGUGAGAGAAGAAAGUCUACGUCUUCUUAAGAAUUUUCAGGACCAGUUGGAUUCAUGGGAGCGUUUUGUAGCAACACAAAUGGAUCUGACUUCUGAGUAUAAUUGGGACUUCGACCAUUACCUAGAGGAGGAUAUACCAGCCGCGCUGGAGUAUAUUAAACAACACAGCAGAGCAAAAGAUGGCAAGUUGCUUGCCAUUGGACACUCAAUGGGGGGAAUUUUGUUGUAUGCAAUGCUGUCAAGAUCUGGUUUUGAAGGAGUUUCGUCAAAUUUAGCAGCUAUUGUCACUUUGGCUUCUUCUGUUGACUAUACAACAUCCAAUUCAUCGCUGAAGCUGUUACUGCCUCUUGCUCAUCCUGCACAAGCUCUUAAUGUCCCUGCUGUUCCAUUGGGUACAUUGUUGGCAGCGGCGUAUCCGUGGGCAUCUGGUCCACCAUAUCUUUUUUCCUGGCUUAAUCCUCAAAUAUCAGCUCAGGACAUGAUGCAUCCGGAGUUGCUGGCUAAGCUUGUUUCAAACAACUUUUGUACAGUGCCUGCAAAGGUUGUUCUGCAACUUACAACCGCUUUCAGGGAAGGUGGGCUGUGCAACCGAAAUGGAACCUUCUCAUACAAGGAUCAUUUGCGAGAGUGUCAGACUCCUGUCCUUGCAUUGGCUGGAGAUAAAGACCUAAUCUGCCCUCCAGAUGCUGUUUAUGAAACUGUGAAACUCAUUCCGAAUCACAAGGUGGACUAUAGAGUGUUUGGAAAGCCACAAGGCCCGCAUUAUGCACAUUAUGACUUGGUUGGAGGCCGACUGGCGAUCAAUGAGGUGUAUCCAUGUAUCAUAGAGUUCCUCUCUCGUCAUGAUGGUUAUUGAUUUGAUUAUAUGAUGCUAAUACAGAGUAACUUACAACACCAUGUUCAUCUCAAAGGUUUUUUAAGUUGAGCUGAACAGUCUUUUCCAUGGCUUGGCCAGAAAAUAGGUGCAUGCACGAAUUCUCGUGUGUGUUGAAGAGAGAGAAAAAAACACGAGCUCAUCUGAUGUAUCCUUGUAACAAGCAUCGGUUAGUGCUUCUCUGUUUCCCGUUUUGAGGAAAAGUUAAUGGUAAUCUUGUAGAAAAAGGGUUGAAAAAAUUUACAGUAGGCUUACAUGUACUCCCACGAACAAGAAGCCAAGAUCAAAGAAAUUGUACAAUUGAUCUCUUACUAUGAUGUAACACUUCUAAUAUAAUGAUACGCAUCUCACAUUUCC